UUAGGGGCAUCCAAAGGCUGGAUCCUUGAAAACAGUUCCAUUGCCUUUUCUAGAGCUUUGUGCAAAAUUGUUUGAUGAUAAUGUUGCCAUUGGGAUGCACAAGUGGACCUCAACCCAAAAAAAUCACUGGAUGCAUCAUCUUCGCAUCGUCGUCUUAGACCACUUUUGAUUAUGGACACCAUUUUGCAUGAAACAGAAGAUGAUGUUACUGACACUGGUCAUCAAAGCUUUGAGAGUACUCCUGAACCUAAUCCUGAGCCUAAUCCCGAUCCUACUUCUGAGCAUAACCCCGAACCUAAUCCAAAGAAAAAGACCGAGGACGAAUUUGAUGCCGAGGACAUCAAAAAGGUGGAGAACUACGCCAAGGCUAUCAAUAUGCUGUACUGUGCCGUCAAUCCUGAUGAUUAUCGUAAGAUUUCUUGCUGCACCACUGCCAAAGAAAUGUGGGACAAGCUAGAGGUCACAUAUGAAGGUACGGACCAAGUUCGGGAAGCCAAAAUUGACUUCCUAACGCAGGAGUACGAAAUGUUCAGGAUGAAGGAAGGAGAAAAGAUCGAUGACAUGUUCGAUCGGUUUUCAAAAAUCAUCAACGACCUUCACGCUCUCAAGAAGACGUACACCAACAGGGAUCUCGUGAGGAAAAUCCUGCGAAGCCUCACACCCGAAUGGAGAUCAAAGGCAGACGCAAUCUAUGAAUCCAUCGGAGUCUCAAAUGUCACCAUCGACGGGCUAAGAGGUAAUCUCAAAACUUAUGAAUCCACUAUCCUAACCCCGUCUUUGGAUGAACAAAAGAAGAAGGGUAUAGCGCUGAAAGCAACCAAGGAGUCCGCGGAAGAUGACUCAAGCGACGAUGACCACGAGUUCGGACUCGUCAUCAAGAAGUUCCACAAAUUCAUGAAGAAAGAAUUUGAAAGAAAAGGAAGAAAGCACGACGGGCCCCCGAAGUGCUAUGGUUGUGGUGAGAUAGGCCACAUCAAGCCGAGGUGUCCAAAAAGCAGAGGCGGCAAGGACAAACCUGGCUUCAAAAAGCAACGCGCCUAUAUCUCUUGGGGAGGCGACUCCGGGGAUGAGUCAACGGAUCAAAAAGAGGAGGAAGCCGCCAACCUCUGCCUCAUGGCGCACGAAGAUCAAACUGACGACGUUCAAGAGCGAUGGGAAGCUUUACCCAUCGAUGGGAACCCAGCGAUGGGAAGGCUUAACCAUCGAUGGGAAGGCAUGACCGUUGGUGGUCAUUAAAGGUUGAUUCUUUCCUUAUUUGAAAGUCAAUCUCCCACCCAGCGAUGGGAAGCAUUUACCCAUCGAUGGGUAGGUAACCGUUGACUUCAAAACUGAAGGAAAAUUGGCUUACUAGCGAUGGGUAAGUUCCAAACAUCGAUGGGAAGCCAAUAUUCUGCAGAUCCCAAAUCUUUUCAAUCCCAUAAAUCAAGCUAAUCACUCCUU